AUGAGCGCCUUCGCCGUCCUCGUGCCCUGUCUCGUUCUGCUGGCCACGUGUUGCCAGGCCGGAUACGUGGCCCCACACUUCUACCACGCCGCCGCCGUCCACGUCCCCGUGGCCACCACGGUGGUGCGUCAGCCGGUGGUGGAGCACCACAGCGAGGUGGCCUACGUGCCACCCCACGCUCAUGGGUACACCAUCAGCCAGCAGAAACUCGUUCACCCCAAGACCACCGUUACCAAUCAUGAUCCCAUCUUUGGCACAUACCACCAGGCCGAGGUGCACCACGCUCCAGUGGUGACCGGCUCUCACAGUUCCGUGCACCAGAGCCGAGGUGGACAUUUCGUGCACCGCCCAGUCGGCACCGUCGUCUACUAA